GGGACCCAAAAUUGCGGAGAAGGAAAUUUGCAUAGCGGCCAGGGCGGGCUUGUGAACAGAAGCAGGAGGGCUGUUCAGUAAUUCCAAGGGUGGAAAGAAAGCGCGAAAUCAAAGCAGACGACUCGAGCUAAACGUUCACUUUGCUAUGCCCAACCGCUGACUCUUUCAUUUUCUCCGCCUGCUCUCACCCCAUCGGAACAAUUCUACAUGGUGCAAUCCAUCUCUCUGUAUUGAUGAAUUGAUUCAUUGCCUCCCUGCAACAAUCUGCCGCAUUGGUUCACGAAAUCUCUUCAAUCUGCAUUUCUCUCUCCCAAAAUUGGCCUCAGGAAGAGGGGAAAAUGUCGUGGAUUAGAUCAGCGGUGAACAGAGCCGUCGAAGUCGGCGGCAAGAGCAACCUCACUCGCACCGUUAGGAACUACGCCGAUUCCGUCGUUCAACACGCCGGUCACGCUGUCACCGAGGGCGCUAAGAUCCUCCACGAUCGCAUUGGGGCUCGGAACUUCCAAAGCUUUAAGCAAACUGUAAAGAGAUUGGAAGAUGUUUCUGUCUCCUGUAGGGGGCUUGAAAGAAUCCAGUUGCUAAGAAGGUGGUUGGUUGCAUUAAAAGAAGUUGAAAGAAUAUCUGAACUUAAUGGUGAUGAUAACAAAAAUAAUCCUCAAUUGAAUCAUACUUCUGAUGAAUUAAAGGAUUCUCCCAGAAAACCUUUGUUGGUCUUAUAUUAUGAUGAUGAUCUCGGGGUUGAACCAAUGAAUUUUCACGAUGUCUUCCUUCAUAGUCAAGCUCUUGAGGGCAUAACAUUAUCAAUGAUUCUUGAAGCACCAAACGAAGAAGAAAUUUCUCUGCUUCUGGAGAUAUUUGGACUGUGCCUAACAGGAGGAAAAGAUGUUCACACUGAAAUAUUGAGCAAGAUACAAGAUUUGGCCAAAGCGUUCUUGAGCUAUCAGGAGGAAGUGCUGGCAAAGCGGGAAGAAUUGCUGCAGUUUGCACAGGGAGCAAUUGCUGGACUGAAAAUAAAUGCUGAUCUUCAAAGAAUAGAUGCUGAAGUCUCAAGUUUGCAGAAAAAGCUUAAGGAAAUGAAAGCACGUCAAGAGUCUUCAAGUGAAGGUCAUGAAAAAUUAUCAGAAGAAUCAACUCUUUUAACGAUAGAGGCUUUGAAAGAAGCGCUUGCACAAAUUCAACUAUGUUCCCAGAUGGAGGCACUCUUACUAAAGAAGAAGUCCUUAAAUCAUGUGGAUUCUCCGGAGCUUCAUGCUCAAAAGGUUGAUAAAUUGAAAGUAUUAUUUGAAUCACUUGCUAGCUCAACCUCGAAAGCUGAAAAGCGCAUUGAAGACCACAGAUCUGAAAAAGAAGAAGCACUCAACUUUCGUGUGGGCAGGGCCAGUGAGGUUAUCCAACUUGAGAAGGAAUUGGCAACUGAGAUUGGAGCACUUGAGAAGAAAAAAUAUGAACUUGAAGCUGAACUGAAAAAGGUCAAUUCCUUGUUGGCUGCUGCACUUGCACGUCUUAACAAUGCCAAGGAAGAAAGAGAGCAGUUUGAUGAAGCAAGUAAUCAGAUUGUCGCACACUUGAAAACUAGGGAGGAUGAGCUAUCGAGAUCUAUUGCUUCCUAUAGAGCUGAAGCAGAUGUUGUCAAUACAUGGAUUAGUUUCCUAGAAGAUACCUGGGUUCUGCAGUCCUCCUAUACUGAGCAAAAGGAGAAGCAGGUUAAUGACGAAUGGGAGAGAUAUCAAGAAUACCUUAUAAACUUGACCAUUUGUCGGCUUUCUGCCUACAAGGUAGAGUUGCAGCCUUCUUUUGCACGUGUAAGGAAACUUGUGGACAACUUGAAUUCUACUGAAGGUAUGGAUGUUGAACACUCUAGCACCGUAAAUCCAAGGAAAAAUCUUGAAGAGGAAUACCUGGAUUUUGAGGCUAAGUUUAUAACCACAUUCAGUGUAGUGGAUAGCAUCAAACGGCAGUUUUAUGUUCAAAGCGAAAAUAUUUUCAGGAACCCUGCUGCCUCCAGGAAAGAUGACCAAAGGGUCAAAGAACUGUUUGAUGCUCUUGAGAGAAUGAAGGAUGAAUUUCAAUCAAUUGAGAGACCAGUUUUGGACAUAGAAACUCCAAGGAAAGGUGCACAAGUAGCAUCCGAAAAGGAGCCCCCAGAGAGUCCAUCCUUUAGCCCCAAGAAGACAGCCGAGCCACUGGAUUGGAAACAAGAUGGUAAGUCCAGGUCUCCCACUAGUCAGGAAGAGAAGUUGGUGGGUCCAGAUGUCGAACUAGCAAAGCUGGAGUCUGAACCUCAGAAGGAUAGCAGAGACUACUUGGCAGAGGAGAUCACUGACUGGGAAUUUGAUGAACUCGAAAAGGAAUUGAAAACCAAUGACCCAUCAAAGAGGACAUAGUCUAGACCCUGUUGUUAUAAGCAUCUCUGGUACUUCCAUAGCAAGGUGGCAUUUGUCACACCUAGAGGGGAAAAGAAGCAGUAUUCUUUUUUCACAGACAAUCUUUUCUCCAACAAGCUGCAUUUUUAAGUUAUAGUUGCAUUAGAAGACCUUGGGUCUCUUAAGUCAGCUGAAGAAGCAGUAUUCUCUUUUCACAGAUAAUCUUUUCUCCAACAAGCUGCAUUUUUAAGCUAUAGUUGCAUUAGAAGACCUUGGGUCUCUUAAAUCAGCUGUAAAUUCUCUGAACUUGUAAUGUGGGUCAUUGGAACAAAUGUAACUUGUCUUGGGUCAAAUGGAUGUUUGCCUUGGUUUAUGUGAAGGAUUUUCCAAGGUGCGUCUUAAAUAAUUUUGUCUUUGAAU